AUGAGCCACCUGCGGGCGUUGACGGCGGGGCGCGAGUGGGCCGAAGCAGGCCCCCAGCCGCCUCCCCCGCCCUUGGAAGGGGGCCUUCUGCUGGGACCCCCGACGGCAGCGGCGUCCCCCUCCCAGCAGCAGCCCCGGGCGCCCUGUCCGUCCUCCUCCCUGCUCCGCCCGGGGGGCCUCUCCUCCUCUCAGACCAGCGGCGUCCAGAAGCAGAGGCGCCUGGCGGCCAACGCGCGGGAACGGCGCCGGAUGCACGGCCUGAACCACGCCUUCGACCAGCUCCGCAACGUCAUCCCCUCCUUCAACAACGACAAGAAGCUCUCCAAGUACGAGACCCUCCAGAUGGCUCAGAUCUACAUCAGCGCCCUGGCCGAGCUCCUCCACAACCCGCCGGGGGCCCCCGACGCCAAAGGCGGCCCUCCUCCGCCCGAGCAGGCGCCCUCCUACGAGCCCUGCGCCCUGCCUCCAGGGGGCGCCCUCCAGGGACCCAGGACCCCCGGAGCUGGACGGACGCGCUUCGCCCACGAGCAGCAGCACCACCAGCAGCAGCAGCAGCCCUCGGGGGACGCAGCAGCAGGAGGAGGAGGAGGCAACAACUGCUUCUCGGUGCAACUGGACCCGCUGCAUUUCCCCGCCUUCGCGGAAGGGGCCCUGCUGGGACAGAAAGCCCCCUCGCCGGCCCAGAUCCUCCCACCCUCCAUCCAGCAGCAGCAGCAGGAGAGGAGGAAGCCUUCCCCGCCCGCCCACCGCAGCGACGGGGAGUUCUCGCCCCGCUCCCAUUACAGUGACUCUGACGAAGCCAGCUAG